CUCCCUGAUACAGCUUUCCAGAACGCCCGCGGGUGCGCGGGCCAAACUCUAGUCUUUCCGAGCGGAGCUGAACGCAUGAUUGAGGACGCAAACACGGCAUCAUUCACGAGGGCACGAGCGGCUGUCUCUGCUCUUCUUUUCGGCUCUGACGUCCCCAUCAGUCACCCUUCACAGGUGAGUGGAGGAGAUGGAGCAGCACCACGCCAUCAUUCACGUACACAAUUGUGCACCCCCUGCCUUCAGGUCACUUCUCGCCGGGCUGCUAUCUGCACCCAACGCACCCAUCGCCGCUCCAGGAGAUCAACGUCUUCGGCCGAAUGGGCGUCAUGGUCAAGCGCGACGACAAGCUCCAUCCCCACAUCCAGGAAGUUCUUCAGCCUGCACAGAGCUGCCUUUGCUGCGGCCCUGGAACGUGGCGUGGACUUUCGGCCUCUUGCGAAUGCUGAAUACGCUAAGUAGGGGACGAGAGCGGUCUGGUGGAUAGAUAGGUGCUGGUGCAUGCGUCCGCGUCUGCAUCCGCGUGUGUGUGUUUGUCCGGUGCCUGCCCUCCUGGAUGCAGGCAUUUUGGUGGAAAUGCCGGCUCGCCACCGUUCCCCGAGACUCUCAUGCCGCAGGAGGAAAAUGUUCUGUUCAUUCCACAGGUACCUCCCAUCCACGCACACAACACAUCACAUAACACCACACCACACCCACCACCCCUUUGUGUGUAUGUCUGUGCUCCGGAGGGCGCCAGUGGUUUGGCUGA